GAUCAAGAUGCGUUGGUAGAAGCUCUCCAGAGUAAGGUUAUUAGGGCUGCAGCUCUGGAUGUGACAUACCCUGAGCCUCUGCCAAGAUCAUGGAAGGAGGAGAACUACCUGGGCUUUUGGUAAAUGAAAUCGGUGGCAUAUGUGGGAUACUGCACAGCCAUGUGGCAUUCCUGAGGAAACAUUUCUACCUCAUCACCAUGAAGGAAUUGCUUGAAAACAGGAAGCAUUUAAGCAGAAAGGUCCAAGCAAUCUAUCUGUGGUGGCACAAACCAGUCAUUGACCGAGAGCUCCUCCAGAGCCUGCCAAACUUGAAAGUGAUUGCGAAUUCAGGAGUGGGGAUGGAUCACCUGGAUCUGAAACUUGUAGCUAGCUUUGGUGUGAAGAUGGCUAAUGCUCCACGUGCUGUUUGCAGCAGCACAGCAGAUGCUGGGAUGGCUUUGCUGCUAGCAUCUGCUAGAAGACUAGUGGAAGUCCAUCACAUUGCAAUUUCUUCAAGUAUGGAUUACUGUGAAGCUGAUAUUCUGGGAGUUAAAGUUUCUGGAGCUACUCUGGGGAUCAUUGGCAUGGGCCGCAUUGGAUAUAAGAUUGCUCUGAGAGCCAAAGCAUUUGAAAUGAAGAUUUUGUACCACAACAGGACACAGAGGAAAGCGCAAGAGGAACAAGCUGUUGGUGCCACUUACUGCGAAAAGAUAGACAGCUUACUCCAGCAGGCAGAUUUUGUGAUGGUGGCAGUGAGCCUGACACCUCAGACACGCAACUUGAUUGGGAAAAGAGAGCUGGAGCUAAUGAAACCCACAGCUACUCUGGUUAACAUCAGCCGAGGUGCAGUAGUUGACCAAGAGGCGCUGGUGAUGGCUCUGCAGACUGGUGUUAUCUGGGCCGCGGCUUUGGAUGUAACCUACCCAGAACCACUGCCCAGAGAUCAUCCUUUGUUAAAAUUAAAGAAUGUCAUUAUAACGCCUCACCUCGGCAUUAAAACAGACAAGACCACUUACAUGAUAACAGAGGAAGCAGUUGAAAACAUACUAGCAGCUCUAAAUGGUCUCCCCAUGCCCAGUGAAGUGCUCCCUAGUUGAUGUGAGAAAGGAUAACACAUCUCUUUUUAUUAUUUUCUUUCCCCCUAUCAGCUCUAAAGGUUUUUAUUCUUAUGUUGUUUCCGUUAAGACAAACCUAUUUCAAGCUUAUGAAUAUAGAUUUCCUGCCUCAGCUUUUUUUGCCUACACAUAAUGUAGACAGAGGAAAUGUACGUCCUUGUCCAGUUUCAUGCUUAAGCUAGUCUAUACAACCCAGCUGGGAAAUGCAUACAUUGUGUUGCAUGACAGUCUUUUAGGGUAACGCAAUACUUCAAAAGCCUAAACCUAAGAAACGGUUAUUGCGCAAGAACCUUAUUAACACUGCAGGCAUCAGCUCACCCUGCAGGAUUACAUGGACACCAGUGGUAAUAUUUAAUGAUGGGAUGAAGUUCACAGACUAUGCAAUACUUCACAUAGCCACAGACCCAUUUCAGAGUGCUCUGUACAAUGGUGGUAUAACAGAUCCCUUUCUAUUAUAGAAAACUAAUAGCACAGAGCAACACAAUGUGAUUUAGCUGAAAAGACUAUGUGGAGGUCUAUAAGGUACUCUAUAAAUUAAAUAUACUUAGAACAUGGUAGUGCUCUGGUACAAUUGUCUUCUUCUGUCACAUAUGUUGCUAUACAGAUAUAUCUCCAAUAGAGAUGUAUCAACUCCUGAACUAUAGCUUUAAAAUUAGAUGUUCAAGUUGCACAAAAAAACUUUGAAGCCAUCUGAUUCUCUCCACAUCUAACCACAUAACACACCCAUUUUCUUCACAUUUGAUAGGUAUAUCCUGGAUUUUUGCUUAAAAAAGAGUAACAUUCCUUUAAUUAUUAUUUUUUGGCUCCUCUAACAAAUCGUUCCUUCAUUUUGUUCAUUCAAAUUUGUUGAUUUGAUAUACAAAGGAAAAAACCCCCAUGUUGUGCUUUCAGUGGUUUUUUUUUUCCUUCACAACUAAAAUGUGUAGAUAGGCCUCCAUUCUCAAUUCAUAGGGAGAAUAACUUUGAGAGGGACUUUACAGUGGUCCUUUGAUCUCAGGUACCAGUGAGCAGUAAGUUAAAAGAUCACCCAUUACAUCUUAUCAGCAAAGCAGUUUGGAAGUUUUGGAUAUGAAACAGGUAAUGUGUAAGCAUUUUAUAGUUUGUUCGGGUUUUUUUAAGGAAGAAAAUUCAAGUAGACUUAACUAAGAAUCUAGUUGCUAGUUAAUGAAUUUUUGCUACUUGCUAGUUAAUUGCUAGUAAAUUUUUCCUACUUGCUAGUUAAUGAAUUUUUGCAUUAAAUGUCUGAACUUGAAAUUCGUGUAAGCAAAUCAUACUAAAAAAUCAUUACCAGGAUAACAAGAACAAUAUGUGGUUUUAUAUAAUUACUAUGAAAUGUUAUUAUAUUUUAUCUUUUUAUUUGUAAUUUUAUAGAGGAUUUGGUAUUAAUCUUGACUGCCUUAAUGUUCAGUGUAUUAAAAUGUAUUUGGUAGAAUUCAA